ACUUAGCCUCUGGAAUGAAAGAUAGCAAUGUAUCAUGUUUCCUAUGUACCAACCUAUCCAUUAUUAAGACAGAAAAAUGAUUUUCUUAAAGGAUAUCCUCCACCCUUCUCAGAGAAACAUCUUCAACCAGUUGACCCAGAUGAAAACAACCAUGGCAUUCUCAUCUAAGAAUCCACUAAAAGAUCGAAGCCUGGUGUCAGGCAAUAUUGGCAUCUCACCCCAUCUGAUCUGCACCUGCGAGUGGCCAGCCUACACCACUUAUACUUCACCCAUGGUCAAGAAACUUGUGGAGGAGGACAAGUCAAGAAUUGAAGGGCUGCUGGGAACACCACGGGGAAGCAGUCAAAGGUCAAGCAGCAGCCAGGCUCACCUCCAUCAGAAGAAGUACAGCCGUGGGUCCCAGGAAGUGGGUAUAACUGGAGCAAGUCCAGGAACACCACGAUUUAGCACUACCAUUAGUCCUUUUCGGGUUACCAAGGACUCAGCAACUGGUUAUGGUGGUUUGGGGGUGCUGAGCAGUGAUUCACCUUUGGGGACUUCCAUUACACAGAACUUGGUAAUUUUUUCCAGAAGAAGAAUCCCACUCCGUGUUCUGCCAAUGAAGCUGCCAGAUGCUGCCAGUAAGCAUGUGGCACUGCAGGAAUAGUGCCAUAGUUGUGGCACUGUGGAAAGGUGCAUUAAAAUCUCUCAGCAACUAA